UCAGAAUUGUAUUAUUUCAAAGAGUGCCCUGUUUCCAUUGCCAAUUCCGAAGUGGAUCAGUAGAAGCCUAAAAUCAACCUUUCUGAAACAUGAAGUGCGAAGUGCAGAAUUUCAUAGAUGGCGUGUCCCAGACAUUUAUGGAGCACAAGAGGAUGCGCAACUGCCAAAUGCUCGAGAUCCUGAACAAGGUGCGCUCCUGCGACUGCAAGCACAAACGAAGGCUCAACCACUGCCGGAUGCUCAAGUCCGGACGCAGGAAACCCGCAUCCCAGGGCUGGUUACGCCUUCUAAUCGCCGCCUGCUUCGGCCUGCUCUUGCUCAUGUGCAUCUACAUGGUCCAUGUGGCCAGAAGGUACAACCAUGUGCGGGCCUACGGCAGCAGCGCCUGCGGAUCCACUUUGUUCUACAGCUACACGGACUGCGAUGUCUUCUACUAGGGGCUCAUAUAUUUUUAGUCAAGGGUUCAAUAAAGCUUCU